UUCCCCAGCUCCCAAGCGUAGGCUCUGGCUGUCGGGGGACGGCGGCGGAUCGCGACCGCCAUGUGAUGAUUAUUUCUCUUGGGGCGGUUUCUCUCUCCUCUCGCUCUCUGCCUCCCCCUCUCUCGCUCUCCGCCGCUCUCCUCCCUCCUCUUGGAGGUGGCCGCAGCCGCUGCCGCCUUCGCGCUGACUCCGGCUGCGGUGGCGGCGGCGGGGCCCGCCGGGAGCAUGGGCGGCCGCCGAGAGCUGCCGUAGCGCCUCUGUCCAGCCCGCCGCCGCCCGCCCCGGGCUCCUGGGGCCGCCGCUCCCGCUCGGGCAACUCGGACGGUCCGAGCCCGCGGGCUCCCUCCCGCCGGCGCCUGCACCUGUUGAAGCAGGAGCAAGUACACAUCAAAAGGCACUUCAUCUUGGAAGCUAUUUGCACGGAAGCCUGAGCCUCAAGAAGUCCCUUUCACUAGCAACAGUUGUGCUGCUCAGGUGAGAAGAAUUGAGGGAGACAGCCCAGGGCUCAGUUCUGGGGCGCAGCUGGUACCCACUGGAGCACAGCUGAACAAGAGUAAGCACUGACACUGCCUUGUCUCCUCCCACAGUCCCAGCAGAAGUGGGUUCUUGUUUCCCAAGCUGUGGUGAGCACACGGACUUCUCAUGUGAAUUUUCUGUUUUCAGAAAGAAGAUUAAACACUGUCCUGGAAAAUAACUUGAUUGUAGUGAAGAACAGUUAGUGGAAAAGUGAAUGUAUUACACAGAAAUGGCUUUAUGGAUCUGGACACUGACCAUUCUGAGCUGGUUUUGCGUUACCUUAUCCAGAAAUGAGGAACUGAAAUUUUUUCAGAGUGCUACAGAGCUAAAUCAUCUAACAGUGGAUAAUGACACUGGGAUAAUCUAUUUGGGAGUGGUAAAUGCUUUGUAUCAGCUUACAGAAAACCUGGAAGUAAUAAGAUCUGUAGAAACAGGUCCAAGAAAGGACAACAAAAAGUGCACACCUCCCAUUGAUGAAAAUCAAUGUAAGGAGGCCGUACUGACUGACAAUUAUAACAAAUUACUGUUGCUGAACAAGGCGGAUAAUACAACUGUGGUAUGUGGAAGCCUUUUUAAGGGAAUCUGUGCCAUCAGAGAUCUGCAAAACAUUAGCAAUGAGAAGUAUUACGUAGACACUAGUGGAGAAAAGUCCUUUGUAGCAAGCAACGAUGAGAAUGUAUCAACUGUGGGACUGAUCACUUCCUUGAAUAACGACCAAGUGCUAUUUGUUGGGAAAGGGAACGGACCUAAUGAUAAUGGGAUUAUAAUCAGCACUCGGCAGCUUUAUGAAAGGGAUGGGAAAGACAUUUUUGAAAUGUAUACAGACUCAGCAGCUGUUAAGUCAGCUUUUCACUCAUCAAGCACACAACAAUUUGUGGCAGUCUUUGAGGAUAAAAAUUAUGUUUAUUUUAUUUUCAAUCAGAAAGAGAAACAACCUGUCAAUAACCGCACACUGAUUGCACGUCUGUGCAAAGAUGAUGCCCACUAUUAUUCCUACUUUGAAAUGGACUUGGGUUGCAAAGAUGAUGAUGGUGCCUAUGACCACUGUCAUUCUGCUUUCGUCACUACCCCAGGAAAAGAGCUGGCUGAGAGCAUGGCUCAACAGAGACAACCUGUGGAUACUCCCUCAGAUGACAAAGUUCUUCUUGCACUCUUCAGCAAAGUAAACAAAGAUGACGGCUCUCUGAAGUCCGCCUUGUGUGUGUUUUCCUUGCGGCAAAUCAAUGAAAAGAUUGAAAAAAACCGAAAUGAUUGCUACACUAAAAAGAAUACCAGCUCAUUUUACAAACUUUUUGCAGCAGAAAACCCGUGUGCAUUACAUGGACUGGUAAUAUGAGUAAUAUCAAUAUUAGUUUUAGAAUCUGUGUUAGAGUUACUGAAAAAUAUACAACUACAUGUUUUGGUGUGACUUUGAGCUAAACUAUAGUAAGAUCAGAUGACUGAAAACUCAAUAGCUGGACUUACUAUAGGAAUGGAAUGUGGUUGGGGGGCUGUGGAACAGGUCAAGCAAGAAGUGGCAAUAUAGUCUAAAUUUUGAGUCUUUUAAAAAGGAUUUGAUGUUUUCUGAAAGAUGAAUGUGGCUUUCCUAAAUGCACUUCUUUUAAAGGUUUCCUUCUGGUAUGGAAGUUACUGAGUCAAGUGCAAGGAUUUGUUACACCCAUGGUCAGCUUCUGGAUGAUCACUAUAGACAAUUCUGGUUUCAGUUAAUGUAUUUAUAGUAAUUUUAAAUGGUAUUAAGAAUAUUUUAGAUUAUACUGUAAUUUAAUGUUGUUUUUCACUUGUAUUUUCAAAUUACUGAAAUACCCAGAUUUCUUAUAUUCAGGUGGUGUUCAUAUUUGCUGUGGCUCAAAAUACUU